GUUGGCCUUACAUCCUCUCAUCUGAUGGCCCUCUUGCUGCAUACACAAGUGAUUAUGGGGUGUAUGGGCUGCUUCUACAGCAGUCUGUUCUGGGGUUCAGGUGGGUUACGGGGACGGAGGCUUUCUGCAAGAUCCCUUUCGACGCAUUGGACAAGAAUAAUUCAUCAAACAGCCAUACCUCUCAUCCUCUGCUACCUGAGAAGGAGCAACCUCACGAGCAUCAACCGCAGCAGCAAGAACUCCACCAGGUGGAGCAGUUGAGGCUGCAGCAGCAGCAGGUUUCUGGGAGGAUGUAA